UUUCAUACCUCCGCCGCCCAUAGACGGAUUACUUGUGUAACGGAUGACUGACGACUGGAAAAAACAUGGAUGAGAAGUUUGUUGAAAUCGAACAUAUUUCAGCACCGUCUGUUGAUGUAUUUAAAGAAAAUUUUCUUCUCAAAGGCAUUCCAGUGGUAAUAACAGAUGUAGCAGAUAAGUGGCCAGCGGCUAAUUGGACUCUUGAUUUGCUUUGUGAACGGGCUGGGGACAAUGUUACAUUUGUUCGCCAAAAUACAAAUUCAACAGAUUAUAGGGCUGGAAAGGUUUACAAGAUAAGGGAAAGCACGCUACGAGAAUACAUCAAUGACAUCAAAGCCAAGAAUAACCGCUCUAUAAAUUCCUAUCUAGCUGUGCAGAAUAUCAAGAAAGCUUUUCCUCAAAUUCAGAAAGAUGUGCCAAUACCAGGUUAUGUUGGUAAAGUCCAUGGUGGCCCAUUUAUGUGGAUUGCAAGAAAGGGGCAUUACGAAUAUUGCCACUUUGAUCCCGAUGACGGUCUACUGGUGAUGCUUAAAGGUCGCAAGCGAGUAAAACUGUUUGGCUGUGAUCUUACAACUAUGUACCCAAACCCUUUAGGGUCAAAGGGCAAGACUGUCCAAGCAGAGGUGAACUGCGAUGACCCUGACCUUAAACACCAUCCAAACUUCUGCAAUGCUGUUUGUUAUGAGUGUGUGUUACAUCCAGGACAAAUGUUGUUUAUUCCAGCAUUCUGGUGGCAUCAGGUCACUUCUAUUGAUGUCUGCAUCUCUGUCAAUUACUUCUUUGGUGAUUCAGGGGAGAAUAUUUAUCUAUCAAAGAUAAUGAAACCACCACAAUGGAAUGCCUUUUCGUAUUGGCUUUUGAAUAUUGUCGAGCAGAACAAAGAGUUUGACUCUUUUCAGCGAGUUUUAGCAAAUCUUCCUAAAUCAUUGCCAGCAUUCCUCUUAAAGCUCUGGCACGAGAUCCCAAAUGAAGGGCAGGUUGACCAACUUGUGUCUCUGAUAAUGGACUAUUUAGGAAUCACAGAAUUACCCGAGGACACAAAGCCCAGUAAACAUCCACCGAUACUGAAGAUUAGAGGCUUGUUAUGGCGAUCAUGAUAAACGUGACAAUUGGGAGAUGAUCAACAGUCUUUGUGGUUCCAACCUUGAAGUCAGGGGUCCAGUGGGAUAUCUAGACGUCUUCAAAUGGGAGUGCUGAUAGUGCUGAUGUUGGGGGGGGGGGCUCGGUGAUUAGUUGAUGGGCGCUAAUUUGCAAAAUAAGGUGAUUUUUAACUACCCCCUAGAUACAAUUCCACUUGUGUCCUUCGGCAAUGUUGCAAUGAAAAAAAAGGAAACGGUGAUGCUGUAUCCACAUGAACCUAAUUACGUAUCGCAUUCUUUAUGAAGUGGCUUCAGUUAACAAUUUGGACCCCUACUCCUCAAUUUAUAUCUUUUUUACUAAUAAUCUUCAGAUCAAAUGAUAAUAAUGUGUAAUUUUUGUAAAUAAAAAAUGAAUAUUUUUUAUGAAAUGCUGAUUGAAUUGUUUAUUAUUUUUAUGAGAAAACACUGCCUACUCUAAUUAUGUUUGAUAUUUUGUGGGAGUACAUUCAUUAUAUGCUGAAAUCAAACAUGCAAGUUGUUCACCUUUCACUGCCUAAAACAAAAAACAAAGGCAGCCAAUUUCCAACCAACUUGUAUAAACUAAACAUUAUUUUUGCACUUUGAGCCCAACGCGAGUAGCAUUCAUUUCUCUCCAACCAAGAGUAGAUCUGCCAAGAGCAAUAGUUGGGGUUUGGGGAAGCCUGCAGGAGCAAAUUACCAGCAUUUAUGUAGAUGUCUAAGUAAAAGUUUAUACAAAACUCUUGUUUUAGUGCCUGGCACUGGGGUACUUUCUCUUUCUAUUCCUCUCCA